CUCGCCAGUGAGGACCACGAAACAAUAGGGGCUAGCGGAGGCGAUGGAACCGCCACAUGGCAGGAAUUGAAGAACGAAGUGGCAGAGCUACGGGCCGAAGUGGCACGGUGGCGUCGAAUAGCCAAGCAGAAAAAAGCGAAGGACAAACAGUCUGCUAAUAUCCAGAUGUCGUCCACUCUUGAGCUGGAAAAAGAAAUUGAAGAACUAAAACAGAAAUUGCUGGAUACUGAGGAGCUUCGCCAAGCAGAAUUGACAGCUUUACGGGAUGCUCACACUGAACAAGUGAAUAAUCUUGUCGUUCGGUUGCGGGAAACCGAGAGCGAAAUGUCGUUGUUACGAGAGCAACUUCAAGAAGUCGAAACUCAGAAAGAAAUCGCUCAGGCCUCGACACCAAACGUAACACCGGAAGCUCAUAUGGAUCUUCCACUUGGCCCUGGUCCAGAUCGAGGUGUAAGGAAAAAACAACGAUCACUAAAGAAGCGAAAGCAAAAGCUAUCUGUUCAUCCUUCUGAUUUGAAAACACAGAUGUCUCUUGUCUAUACCCCUCAGAGUUUUGCUAUUAGGGCGGGAUCAAGUUCUGGGGCUAUUCCUACCUUACUGAACUGGAUGCGCACGGCAGUGUCCAGUCUUCCAUCUGGGCCGCCAAAGGAUGUCACUUUCGCAUCAUCCUAUCCGGACAAGUCUUUCACCGAGCUCUUUUUGACGUUCCUGGAGCAGGAGGCUGGGUUACGUGCACCAUUAAAGUUGUCCAUGGAUCAUUACACGCCUGAAUCUGUGCGACCUGCUGCAUCCAGGCGUCCAUCACAACCAGAUAGUGAGCUUGAGGAUCCGCAGUCUCACAAUUGGUCCCAUCAUUCCGCACUGCUAACAUCAACCGCGCCCAUCCCCAUGCGAGUUCCGGAUGCCAUUCUCUCUCAAUCUAGCUCGAAUCGUGACUCAAAAGCACCGCUGAAUCCUCUCUUUCAGAUGUAA